AUGUCUCGAUUUUUCCGCGGCGGAGACGACAGCUCCACUGACUCUUCUUCCGACGAGGAGGAGCUUUACUCCGAGGAGGAGGAGGAAGAGGAGGAGCAGGACCAGGAAGACUCUGACGAGGAGGAGGAGGAGGAUGACGACGACUCCGACGACUCCGACGACAGCGAGGGAGGACAAAAGUCUGGUGCCAACCGUUUCCUUCGCGAUGCUUCGUCGGAAAGCGAAGACAGCGACGAUGAGGAGCGCGUAAAGGUCAAGAGUGCCAAGGACAAGCGCAUCGAGGAGCUUGAGUCAACCAUCAAGCUCAUUGAGAACGGCAAGAAGAUUGGAGACUGGGCUUCUAUUUCCACAGAAUUCGACAAGCUCAACCGCCAAGUCACAAAACUGCAAGAUGGCAAGAUCCCCAAGGUUUACAUCAAGGCGAUCGCCGAGCUGGAGGAUGACAUGAACGAGGCCGUCGCGAAGUAUAAGGUCACCCCGAAGAAGACGAUUAACGCCACCGCCAACCGUGGAUUGAACGCCGUCAAGCAGAAGAUCAAGAAGAUUGUCAAGGACCACCAGACCCAGGUCGAUGCGUACCGUGCCGACAACGAUGCCUUCAUGGAGUCCGAGGAGGAGGAAGAGAAGCCCGCGGCGAAGCCGAAGAAGACUGCUCGCUUCAUCGACACCCCUGCGGAGGCUGCCGAGGGCGACGACGUCGACGAUUUCGUCACUGUCGGAAAGCACGGCCGCGCGAUGCAGUUCACCCCCGAGAGCAUCUUCAAGCACUUGCGUAGCAUCAUGGAGACUCGCGGUAAGAAGAACACCGACAGACAGGAGCAGAUCAAGAUUAUGGAGAAGCUCUUCGAGAUCGCCAACACCCCCUACCAGAAGAUCCGCGUCCUUCUUACCCUGGUAUCAACCCGCUUCGACCUCGGCGCCGGUGGUGCCUCCUACAUGCCCCUCGAGCACUGGAAGGCUGCUGAGAAGGAGCUUACCUCUCUGAUUGAUAUUCUCGAGGCCAACAAGGACUACGUCGUUGUUGAGAACGCCGAGGAGUGGGAUGAUGAUGAGAAGCCCCCUGCCCUGGAGAAGGGCCAGAAGUACAUCAAGGUUCCCGGAAGCCUUGUCUCCUACGUCGAGCGUCUGGACGAUGAGCUCACCCGCUCCCUUCAAAACAUCGACCCCCACACCUCCGAGUACAUCGAACGCCUUACCGACGAGGGUGCCCUCUACAACGCCGUCUUCCGUGGCCAGCUCUACUACGAGUACCUCCGCAAGGAUACCGAGCUCGACAUUCCUCAAGAGAGCAUCAACCGUAUCCCUGCCCAGGUCGUCAAGAUCCUCGAGGACAACUGCUGGAAGACCGUCACCUCCAGCGUCGAGUCCACGAUUACUCCCCGUUCCCAGUCCCAGGACGCCGGAAACCUCGUGAACGUUCUCUGCAACUACCUGUUCAGCAACGCCGAGGGCAUCCUCCGUGCUCGCGCUAUGCUGUGCCAAGUCUACUUCCUCGCCCUUCACGACGAGUACUACAAGGCUCGCGACAUGAUGCUCAUGUCCCACUUGCAGGAGAACAUCCCCAACUUCGACGUUACCUCCCAGAUUCUCUACAACCGCACUCUGGUCCAGGUCGGCCUCUGCGCCUUCCGCAAGGGUCUCGUCUACGACGCGCAGAACACCCUGCAGGAGAUCUGCGGCAGCCAGCGCCAGAAGGAGCUUCUCGCUCAGGGUGUCGUCAUGCAGAGAUACAACCAGAUCUCACCAGAGCAAGAAAAGCUGGAGAAGCAGCGCCAGCUCCCCUUCCACAUGCACAUCAACCUCGAGCUGCUCGAGUGCGUCUACCUCACCUGCAGCAUGCUUCUCGAGAUCCCCCUGCUGGCCCAGACCGGCUCCUCCCCCGACGUCAAGAAGCGCGUCAUCAGCAAGACGUACCGUCGCAUGCUCGAGUACCACGAGCGCCAGAUCUUCACCGGCCCCCCCGAGAACACGAGAGACCACGUCAUGCAGGCCUCCAAGGCUCUCGCCGCCGGCGAGUGGAAGAAGUCCACCAACUUCAUCCACAGCAUCAAGAUCUGGGACCUCAUGCCCAACACGGACGACAUCAAGACGAUGCUCUCCAAGCAGAUCCAGGAGGAGGGUCUGCGCACAUACCUCUUCACCUACGCCCCCUUCUACGACACCCUCGCCGUCGAGACGCUCAGCAACAUGUUCGAGCUGGACGCCAGCAAGGUCCUCGCCGUCGUCAGCAAGAUGAUCAGCCACGAGGAGCUCGCCGCUUCCCUGGACCAGGUCACCUCUACCGUCAUCUUCCGCAAGGGCGUCGAGCUCAGCCGUCUGCAGAGCCUGGCCCUCGCGCUCUCAGACAAGGCCAGCGCGCUCAUCGAGACCAACGAGAGGACACUGGAGCAGCGCACCCAGGGCUCGGCCAACGCGUUCGAGAGACAGGGCGGACGCGGCGGACGCGGCGGCGGCAGGGGCGGCGCGCGCAGAGGCGGCGGCGGCCCGAGGACGGGCGGCGCCACCCAAAGGCAGGCUGGCGGUACCCAGUUCACGGGCGGUGCGCUGGGUGCGGCGGUUCGGGGGUAA